ACGACGCUACGUAAUGUGUUGGGAGAAGUGCGGUGUGAGGCGGUUUUAUCCAAGUAAACGAUUAAGUGUUUCGACAUACUAUUGCGUCAUUUGGUUCAAUCAAGUUAGUAGUUAACCACGACGUAUUGUUCUUCCCAAAAGCUUGUUGAAUAUUUCGGCAAUGACAAAAAACUUGGAAGUUAUUUGUGAACCGCUGGACAAACUGGAGCAAGUUCUGUCAUGGAAAAACUACAACACGGAGUGGUCUGGUUAUGUGCGCUCACUUUCUGGUGUAACUGACUAUUGUGCAAGUGGGACACAGAAAUGUCAUGAAACUGUUCUACGACCACAACCACGAUGCAUGCGAAACAGUGUGCCACGAACGCUAGUGUGUCACGAUAUGCAAGGAGGAUACUUAGAAGAUCGGUUCCUAGCAGACAGUACUAAACAUGAUAGUUACAGAUUUUUCCACUGGACAGGGAUUGAUACAUUUGUCUACUUCAGCCAUCAUUUUGUUACCAUACCUCCAGUUGGGUGGAUCAAUGCUGCUCAUUUACAUGGAGUGAAAAUCUUAGGUACUGUAAUAACUGAAUGGAAAGAUGGAGAGAAGAUGUGGGAAGAGAUUUUAAAGAGUGAUGAAAUUUGGCAGUCCUUUGCAAAAGCACUUUGUGAUAUAUGCCACCACUACAACUUUGAUGGUUAUCUUUUAAAUAUUGAGAAUGUAGUUGCCCCAGAACUAAUGGGAAAGUUUCAGAAAUUUGUGGACUUUUUUGUUGAAACUCUACACAAGACUGUCACUACUGGGGAGGUUAUUUGGUAUGACAGUGUCACACAAGAUGGAAAACUUGCAUGGCAGAAUGAACUAAACAUUUUCAACAGGAUAUUUUUUGACAAGUGUGAUGGCAUUUUCCUUAACUAUGCAUGGAGUGAACGACAUCUUCAGAACUCUGUUAAAAAUGCAGGCAUUCGUGGGUAUGAUGUUUAUGUUGGUGUAGAUGUCUUUGGUCGCAAGUUUUAUGGAGGUGGUGGAUUUCAGACUAGAAAAGCUGUGGAGCUAAUCAGAAAACAUAACUUGUCCAUUGCAGUAUUUGCCCAAGCCUGGGUGUAUGAAUGCUUUGAACAGUCAGAGUCCUUUAUACACCGUGAGUAUGCUUUUUGGCAGACGCUAUGGCCAUACCUCUUUGUGCAUGGACCUACAGAUCUUCCUUUUUCAACAUCAUUUUGUCAAGGCAGUGGACAUAAGUAUUUCUCUGAAGGACGGAUGGUGUCAGAAACCAAUUGGUACAAUCUGCGCAGGCAGCAGUACCAACCAUGUGCAACAACUUGCUUAAACCAUCGUUACAAUGUGACAGCUGAAGAACACAAUAAGAGCAGUGGUAUAUAUCCACCUGUAGAAGACACUGGUUGUAUGAUUUACUACGCAGAUGAUGCAUUUCAAGGAGGUGGAUGUCUGUUACUUAAGUGGUCCCGUAUAGAGAGCACUGCUGAUGAAAUUAGUGAAGCUGAAGCUGUUCCAGGAGCUAACAAAAGUGAAAAGGAACUGUCCCAAAAGGAAAUGACUGAGAGUCAGCCAAAACCAUUGGAUCCUGUGUUGUCUUGCAAGAGUUGUCGUGAUGAAACAGAUGUCCCCAGUGGAGAUGCAGUGCCAUCAGUAGAUGCUAUAGUUGAAACUGGGGAAGCUACUCGGAGACCUGAUCCAGCACCUGAAGUACCAGAGUCCUUUUAUAAGAGGCUGAUAAUAUGCAAGUUUGAGUGGUCUGGUCUGUUACUGGUGUCAGUAGCCGUAAAAGAUAUAAGCCAUUUGGAUGCAAAACUGGAUAUAUUGUUUUUAAUACAAGAAAGCUCAGGCAAGUACAGCAUGAAAGAAUUAUUGGAUACAUAUACAUCAUCUCCUGGUGACGAGGGUGUGUAUCCGUACCCGCAACCAGACAUUUUAAAUAAAGAAAUAUUUGAGCUUUAUGGCAGAUACUUACCGAAACCUGCUGAAAACAGUGGCUGGAGAAUCAAUCAUUAUUUAUUUCAUGUAAAUGGAACAAUUCUGGAGAUAGGAGCAAAGCUCAGAGAUCCAGGGACAGAAAUACUGUUGGGAUAUUUGUCACUAUACCCAUAUGGGAGACGUUACCGAUUAUAGUGUGUUCAAAUGAUACCAGAUAUUUUGAGCCUGUAACCAAAGAUUUUUGAAAGUAGAAGUAAGAGAUGACACGAAGUCAAGAGAAUAAGAAUUAUCUGUUGUAACUGUAGUGCUUUAUCAGUGACCAUAAAAUGUUAUGAAUGGAGAAUGGAUUGUGAAAU